AAUGUGCAUGCGUUAGUGGGAGGGAUUAUCCACCAAGUAGGGCAAGUGGCUGAGGGAGGCUAAGGACUGCAAUUCCAUCGAGCCUGGUUCAUUUCAGUCAUCCGCUCAGUUUGCACACAGACAGACAGACAGACAGAGGAGAGCACACUCAGCCGCUGCUGCUUUAUCUCUCAAAGCUCUCUCUCCUCUUCCUCCUCCAAAACAAAAAAAACACACAAAAAGUACAAAAUGGUAAAGUACAUGCGACAGCACAGCAGCGAGCAGAAACCCGAGGAAGAAGAAGAGGUCCUGUGGGAGUCUGACGACGCGUCCGUGGACCAGCAGGGUGAUUUGGGAGAAUUGUCCGACUAUUCUCUCAGCGACGUUUUCUACUCCAAAUGCUCCGCAAUGGACCGAAUCGGCACUUUCAUGAAGAACGUGCAGGUGCUGCUCGACGCGGCCAAUUACAUAGAAAAUGUCGAGAAGAACAACGGAAAAUGUGAGCAUGGUUAUGCUUCAACAUACCCCGCAACCCAGACGGCACACCAACAGAAACAGCGGAAGUUCAAGAACAGGAAAUUGGACAAUAUUCACAAUAGAUCAGCACACAAUGAACUGGAAAAAAAUAGACGAGCACAUCUCCGCCUGUGUUUGGAGAGGUUGAAGUCCCUCAUCCCUCUGGGACCAGACUGCAGUCGGCACACCACACUGGGACUGCUCAACAAGGCCAAAACACAUAUCAAGAAACUUGAAGAGGCGGACCGGAGGAGUGUGCACCAGCUGGAGAACUUAGAGCGGGAGCAGAGGCACCUGCAGAGGCAGCUAUCCCAGCUGCAGCCUCAUGGAGAUAGGGAGAGGGUCCGUACGGACAGCCAGGGAUCCCAUAUGGACUCAGACCGCUCAGAGUCUGACAGAGAGGAGAUCGAAGUUGACGUGGAAAGCACUGAGUUCUCCCAUGGAGAAAUGGACAGUGUAAGCACCAGUGGUGCAAGUGACCUGGAUGACCACAGCAGCCGGCAGAGCACAGCCAGCGACGAGGGCUACUCCACAUGCAGUCUAAAACUGGCCUUCUCUGCUUAAAAAGCACCAGCCUAUACUUUCACUUUUCAGCUGCAGUCUUUUAUGGCUUUCACCUUUCAAAAAAGUACCAGCCUACAGCUCCAUUUUCCCUUUGCAGUUUAGGUUAACCGACUUCAGAAGAAGAACCAGCCUCGAUCCCACACCUUUUACCUGACUAAUGAAACUCCACCCUGAGAACCAGCCUUAAGUUCAACUCAGCGUAAAAGUUUAAAAUGUCUCCUUCCAAAAGCCAAGGCGGCGGGCUCCUCUACUAUCAGUCUGAAACAUUUUACAAAACAGCCUCAAAUUGAAACUUCUCUGGCAAUAUACAGUUUCCUCCUUUUUCAGAGUUGACUUAACCAAUCACCUGAAUGUCCCUUAACUCAUUACCAGCUUGAAUCAGCCAUACCUGCACUCAAUACUGACCCUGUAGAGGACCCAUGAUUGCACCAGUGUCCAACACUCAAGGGGGAACUCUACAUUUAGUCAACUUGAUCCUCUGAAACCAGCAAAAAACACUAAAAACCCAAUACCAGCUAGAAGCUCACCAUUGGGAACGUUUGCUCCAUUUGCCUUGUGAUAACAUUGCCCCUUUUCUUUGGAUAAGAUAUCCAGACGGCACUUCUUGUCAAUGUACAAGCCAGUGGCAAGGGCUACAAUGUCUGCAUUCCAAAAUGUUUAUUACACUCUUAUAACCUCUGCUUUAGGACCCACAACCAUCACUGAUCCACGUGGCGUCCCUUCUCCUGACUGAAAUACAAGUCGUAUCCAAACAGGUGGUGCAGUCCACCCUUGUUAUUCUAAUUUAUUUUGCAUAUUAUUAUAGUAUUUAUUUUUGGUAUAUUUAAUUUUACUGUAGCUAGGUUUUGGUCAUGCUUGAAAGAAGAAAAAAGAAAUUGUUUUUUUUUUAUGUUUACCAAAUUACUUGACAUGAAACUAACCCCAACAGAGGCAUUUGCAGUGCUAAAAGUUUAAUGCAUUACUCAACGUUUGGUUGAAAGAAUGACACAUCUCUUUCAUACUGUGCACAAACCCAUUUUAUUUAGACAGUAAUAGUAAGCUAUCCCGCACUUGUCCAAGCACAAGGCUGAAAGCAAUAAAGCGUCUAGUUUUUAUCAUAUCUUUAAUGUUGGCUGUGUUUGGCACACUAUUCUGUCCGUCCAACACCAAAAUUGCUAGUUUUCCACUUGCUCCAGUAGUGGUAUCAGUUUUAAUAUUCAACAGUAAACAUGAUUGUAAUUGAUUUUUGAAAAAAAGCUAUGGUGCAUGUGUAUUGAAUGUAGCUUGUCUAAUCAUGUUGUAAUGUGCUUUGGAUUGACAAGUCUUAAAAAAAAUGUCUGUAGCAUGAACAACAUAAAUACUACAGAAUACUAAUUUUGGUUUAUACUUCAAUGUUUAAUACUGUAUCUUUUAUGUAUUGUAGCAGAAACUGAACAAGUUGAAAUUUGGAGACUUCCCAUUAAUAAUUCAAUGUAUAUUUGACACAUAAGAAUUGCACUGCUGACCUGUUAGAAUCCAUGAAACCAAAUAAGACAUUUCAAUAUGACCAUUUAUCUGCAUUCUUCUGGUCCAAGUCCUAAGGAGAUCACCACCAAAUUGUGUCUUAACAUGGAUAUACGACUAUUGCACAAAGUUCCUUGUUACAGGUCUUUUCCCCCCCAAACCUGUUUGGGAAACUAUAAAAUGCACUAUGAAAAAGACUUUUGUUAAGGAAGUAUGUCAAAGCACACCCCAGAAUGUUUUCUCUUGUGCUUAAUCAGCCAUCCAAGGUGACUUUUUUGCAAAACGUGCUGCUGGUCCCCUGCUAGUACUCUGUUACAGUUCCUGAUAACUGUCCCUGGAAUCUUAAUAAACCUCUACCACCCAGA